UCAAGCUAUGACACCCGGUUGCUCCAUCAACAGAAAGCUAUAUCAACACGAAGCCUAAGCUUUUUCUUCUUUCCUUUAACCCUCCCGCCAAGUUCGGGAAGAUCACGAUGAUCAACUGGACAAGCUCGACAAGCUCGCGGGAGUUGUCCGGGAAGGGGGUUGCGGGUAUCCGGGUCCACUGAAUAUCGAAAUGAAGAGGAGGCGGAAUUACGUAGCUCAACCGGGAAGAGGGUUACAUCCAACGAAGCAGGGAAUCUUGAUUAAAACUCCUGGAUGUUUGCCAAUGCCACCCACGGCCGGCCGGUUGCUCUUCUCUCUUGCUUUCGUGUUUCCCGCCCCCGAGAUCCUCUCCUCAUCGGCACUCCAGCGUGAUCCCCAUCAGCCAAACUAACCCAUCAGUCACUCUUUUGAUCAACUCGGCUUCCACUCUUUUUCCAAACCAACUCCUUCCGCUCCUUUUUGAUCGACGACGGCCGUUCUCUUCGCGCCACCAGCCCGCUCUUUUCAAUUCCCACACCGUAAACGUUAAAUACCGACAUAUUUCGACCCGAACCGCAUAAUGCCUGUCCGCCUAGCAGAGACCACCCCGGCCGCGCCGGCACCGACCAUCUCGGCGGUGGCCUUGACGACGACCUUCACGCCGCCCGCGCAAUGCGCCGAGAACCACCUGACGAUGCUGGUCGGCGCCCUCGAGAAGAUCUGGAUCAACGAGCCGGUACCCCUGCCCAACCAGACGACCUCGUCAUGCUACCCGUCGGAAUGGCUCGGCGGGUACGAAUCCGUCAUGUCCAAGUCCAGCUCCAUCGCUCCCUACAUGAGCCCCCUGGUGUGUCCGGACGGGUGGAACACGGAGAGCAGCACCUGGGCAAACGGCUACAUUGCGUGUUGCGCGUCUGGCUUCACCUUCGCCGCGCCAUCAAAGGCGAUCGACACCGACCGCCCGGCCUAUGGCGGCACAUGCUACAGCAACUUCGACCUCAGCCAGACGGCCACCGUCACGGUCUACAACCCGGAGGAGCUCUCGACGACCAUCGACUGGGUGGCCACGACGACGCCCGCCCAGGCCUACGCCCACCCCAUCGACGGCAUCGCCGCGGACUACACGCCGAGCGCGACCGCGGGCUCCGCCGCGACCGGCACCGACGGCGCCGGCGUGGCCGUCAAGACGGGGGAGAACGCCGCGCCGCAUCGCGGCGGCAACUCGAGGGCGGCCUUUGUGAUCGGGUUCCUGCUCGCGAGCCUGGUGGCUUGGUAGUAGAAACUUGAUGAUGCGCUGCGCUGGGGAGGGGGAGGGGAGAGGAGGAGAAAACAAAAGAGAGAAUGUUACGUCACGACUUCAGGACCUCGUCUACGAGAUGUUGGGGAAACGGGGGUGGAGGGUCACUGAUUUACCGCCAAGUGACGCCCUCGCCAACUCUCGUAGCCUUCACUUCUUAUAAUAUUCAAUUCACAUUUACGAGUUUCGGGACUUUGGAGGACAGUCCUCUUUGUUCGGUGUCGUUGAGCUUGCCCUGAGUUUUAGAUGACGCUGUGUUGGCGACUUUUGUUCUCCUCAACAUUUGAGCCCUUGGGCCCUGAGCCAUGGCAGUGGCAGUGGCAGCAACACGCAAGUGAGCCACUCACACAUGCUGACUGAGAUUGGAUAAUCAUUCAAAGGUUUCAUCUAUAGUGGUCACUUUAUAUUUGCACGUGCGGGAACGUGUUGUGCUU